CAGUCAAGCGUGAACGUGACGUAGAAUUUUGAGAAGCAGCAUGGCUUCCGAAUUCACGAUUAACAAGGCAUACGCAGAAAAGUACAACACUUGGAGAGCAAAAGAAGAAUUACAAAGAUUAAAAGACAAAUAUGGUGAUGUGGAUGAUAACCAUACAGAUGGAUCUUCAAGUUCAUCAGAAUCGGAGGAUGAAAAUGCAGAGGCUUUAACAGCACAAUUGGAAAAAGACUGGCUGAAAACAUUGUCUGCACUGAAAAGUAAAGACCCAAAAAUUUACAAUGACAAGGCCAGAUUCUACCAUAGUGAGGAAGAAGAUGGGGAAGAGGAUGAUGAAGAAUCAAAACCGAAGACAAAGGCACAGAAGCCAGUUUUCUUAAAAGAUUAUGAGAGAAAGCUUAUUACGGAAAAAGAUGGACAGGUGAGCAGUGACAGUGAGGAUGAAUACCAGGAUGAUGAGCCUGACAGUAAACCAGGAUAUUACAAAGAACAGGAGGAGAUCCGUGAGAGUUUCAAAAAUGCCGGCUUUGGUGAAUCAGAUGAAUCAAAUGAUGACGACUUUCUCACUGAAAGAAGGAAAAGUAAAGUACAGCAGGCUGAAGAAGAGGUGGACUAUUUGAACUGGUUGAAAGGACAGAAGUCAGAGUUACCUGAAGACAAGAAGACUGGAGCAGAACUAGAACCAUUGAAGGAUUAUUGGGCAAACCCAAGUCUUGACUCUGGUGAGAAGUUUUUGAGGGACUACAUCUUAAACAAGGGACAUAUUGACAAGGAGUUUGACAGAAUUCCAACAUACAAUGAAGUUGUUGACGAGGAAGAAGACUUUUCUGAAGGAGAGGAAUUGCUGGAAAAGCAGGAAGAGUUUGAGAGGAAAUACAACUUCAGAUAUGAGGAACCUGACCCUGAAUUUAUAAAAAGUUAUCCCAGGACUAUCAAAGACACAGUCAGACGAAAGGACACUACCCGGGCUGAGAAACGUCUGGAGAUUAAGGAGCGUAAGAAAAUGGAAAAGGAUGUAAAGAAGGAAGAAAUAAAACAACUGAAGAACUUGAAAAAGAAGGAGAUACAAGACAAGAUUGAUAAGCUGAAGAUGAUCACGGGUAAUCCUUCAUUAGCCUUCAAUGAUGAUGAUCUCAACGAAGACUUUGAUCCUAAAAAACAUGACGAAAUGAUGAAGAAAUACUUUGAUGAUGGAUACUAUAAUGAGGAGGGAGGAGAGGACACCAAACCUGAGGUUGCAUUCAGUGAUGAGGACUUAGAGACAGAAACAUGGGACACUUGGGCAGGAGGAACAGAGAAUGACUGUGCAGAAGGGGAGGAGGAAUAUACUGGCCCACAUGUUGAUGAUGACGACUUUAAUAUGGAUGCUGAUUAUGACCCCUCUCAAGCUAUCAGCAAGAAAAAGAAAAAGAAGUCAAAGUUAGCCCAGGCUUUGAAGAAGACUAAACCUGUGUUUGAUCCAGAAGAGAAGACCUUUGAACAGUAUCUAGAGGAGUACUAUGAGCUGGACUGUGAGGAUGUCAUUGGAGAUAUGCCAUGUCGCUUCAAGUACAGACAAGUUACACCAAACGAUUAUGGUCUUAAUGCUGACGAGAUCCUGAAAUGCAAGGACAAGGAAUUGAACAGUUGGGUUUCUCUGAAGAAGAUAAGUCAGUAUAUGACGGCAGAUGAGGAAGCAGAAGAUGUGAGGAUUUAUCGUAAUAAAGGGAAAAAUCAGAGGAAAAAAUUAAACCUGUUGUCAUCUCUUCAGGAGGAUCAAAGGGACCAGCAAGAGAAAACUUCAACAGACAUUAAUGAAGAAAAGAAAAAGAAGAAAAGACAGAAGAAAAAGAAAAAGAAAGCAAAAGAUUCUGUAUCAAGUGGCCCGGUCACAGAAAAUGUUAACUUAGCUGUUGGGAAAAGGAAGGCUGAGACAGAGGAACCUCAACCAAAAAAGAAGGUGAAGCUUGAAAAAAGUCCAUUGAAGCUAGAUGAUGUCUCCUCAAAGAAGGAUGAAAAACCUUCAAAACUGGAUAAAAGCCCCUUGAAGCUUGGUAAAAGGCAAAUAGUUGAUGACAAAGUCACAAAAAAGAAAAGUGAAAAGGCAAAAUUGAAGUUAGAUGAAAAAACGACUGAUUCGGUGACUGCGAAAAAGAAAAAGAACAAAACAGAUUCCAAUUCCUCACCACAGAAAAAUGCAAGUGUUGAUGCUGAUGUGGUAUCAGAUUUGUUAGUUUGUGAUAUCUCCGUUGACAAUCCGGUGACUACCUGUCAGACAAGUAAGGCUCAGUCAGAUGAGACCUCCAACAGUACUCCAGUUGUUUCUUUGUCUGGAGAACAACAAAAAAUGUCGAAAAGAAAAAGAAAAAACUUAAAGAAAAAGAAAACUAAACCAGGUGUAAAAACUGACAAUGCUGAUGAGCAUCCUGGUAAAAAACAAAAGACGAAAAAGGAGAAAAAUAAAUUGAAUAUCAAGAAACCAGCCAUGACUGAUGAAAGACUACUGGCUUAUGGUAUCGAUCCUAAAAAAUAUAAAUAUAUGCAGCUUAAAAAAUAUGCGUAUGAGAAAUCCUGAUGUGUAACGGUCCAGUGCUUUAAUUAGGUAUGCCGUACACUAAGAGACUGAUGUCAGGGUCUAUGUUGUGAAAGUCGUGGUGGAGAAGGUGUUAUCGUUUUAAAGACUAUUGUGUAAAAACUAUUUACAUGUAUAUGUACCCUACCCUUGGUACAUGUGUUUAAUGAUUUGUUAUAAAAAAGUCUAUACAAAGUAUAAGGUCAAUAUUAAUAGCAUUUUCAAAUCGGAAUACCAAGCCUAGUACAGUAAUACAAGUAGAGGUGUCACUUUCAAAAUCAGAGACUUUAUUUGAAUAUGACAUCUAUCAAACAAAAAGACUGCUAUACUAGGUACACCUGGUGUGUAGGUAACCUUGACACGAGGAUUUAAAGGUCAAGUUAAUGUUUGUUAUUUGGUCCCUAUCAGAGGUCAUAUAUUGAUGUUAUUGUAAGACAAGUAAAACAAAAGAAUUCCAUGUCCACAUGAGUUUGUGUAUUCAGUCCUCUGCUGUGAUCGUUAUUUGUGUAUUCAGUCCUCUGCUGUGAUCGUUAUUGUGUGAUUACGGUGGUACCUCAUGCCUGUGGUUGUUAAAGGUUAAGAGGAUGGUUGGGGAAGGUUUAGUGAUGGUGUAUAUAUCUACUGUUGUAAAUAACCAGACCCAUGCAUGCAUGCAGGUGCCUUAAACAUUUUUAACACAAAGAAGUUCUUAACUUCAGUUCAGGAAAGCAUUAUAGAUAGGAAUCCUUCAGUGUAUAUAUACUGUAAUGCAUUCUUCAAUACUAAUGCUUUACUAUGGGGAAAACUUAAAUUAUUUCCCUGUGGUUAUUAACAUGAGAGAAACUGGACUGGAGGUGUUGAAAAUGUCUUGUUGUUCUAUUGCUUUAUCAUGAUUUGUUAUGCCGCCUUUAAAUCAUUCAUUAACCAAAUUCUUGUUCUACUUAAACAAGUACUUGUUUGAUUUGUACAUUUGAUCUCUAAAACAAGGUAUAAAAUGAAGUGAUAUUUGAGAAAAAAUAAAUUUUUUGUAACAGUGGCGACUAGUCGGAGUAUUAAUGUAUGGUUUUGACCUUUACAAGGUUAAGUGUAUAGAUCAGUUUGUUGGAUGGAUGACUGUGUGAAGGAUUUCUACCUAUGAAUAAAACAAUAUUAGCAUA